UAUUUGACUUGGAUGUUGUUUUCGUUUUGAAAAUUGGAACUGUAGCGGUCGGUUGAAAUAUAAUCCAUCUGCUUGGAUCAUCAAAAUCAUAAUAUUAUGUGUGCUAAUAAAUCUUGAUUUGUUUCACAUAGAAGCUGCAUCAACAAAGUUAAUUGUAAUACUAGCGAAACAUGUUAAUGGAUCAUUUGCUUUGUGCCUGCUAGCUAGUUUGAUUAGAAACAGAAUUCAGGACAAUAUAUGCUCACAUUUGGAAUUAUGAGGUCGCAUGUGCUUAGAUUAAAAAAAAUCGGAACGCUUUCUGGAGGGCUUUCUUUUUUCUUUUCCUUUUUAACAAAAAAAAAUCAGCCAUGCGCCGCUGACACGGAGGGCCCAGGAGCAAGAUUCAAAAGUGGACGUCCCACGGCCCACGGCCCACGGCUCUCCCUCCCUCACUCCCGCCAUUUAUUUGUGGCGGGAAAUCGAGCAUCCGAGACGGCAACGCCUCCACCCACUCAGCGGCAGCGCCACUGUGGCAGGCAAGAGAGAACUAGAAAAGAAAAAGAAAAGAAAAGAGGAAGAAAAAAAAAAAGAGGCGGCAAUCCGAACAGGGACAGAAGCGGAGUGCGUGGGGAAUCCAAUUCCAUCCCAAUCCUCUCUCUCCCCACCCCCCCUCCACGCCCAAUUUGUUCUUCCCUCCCCCCCAUCUCCUCCUCUCGUGCGCCCACGAGCCUGGUCCCCUCUCUGCCUCAUUCCAAUCCCCCUUCGUCUCCGGCGACGACAGGAGGAGGAGGAGGAAAGAGGAGGAUCGCGGCGCGGCGGAUGUCGGAUCGGGAGCUCCGCCCGCUGCGAUCGAUCCGAAUUACAGGCGAUGGGAGAUGCCUCUUUAGGUCUGUUGCGUACGGUGCCUGCUUAAGGAGAGGAAAGCAGUCGCCAAGCGAUAGCAUCCAGAAGGAGCUUGCCGAUGAGCUUCGAUCGAAAGUAGCAGAUGAGUUUGUCAGGAGAAGAGGGGACACUGAAUGGUUUCUUGAAGGAGAUUUCGAGAGCUAUGUGAGACAGAUAAGAAAGCCUCAUGUUUGGGGAGGAGAACCUGAACUGCUCAUGUGCUCCCAUGUUCUUAGGAUGCCUAUCACUGUUUACAUGUAUACCAAGGGCUCUGAUAGCCCCAGGAUCAUCGCCGAAUACGGUCAGGAGUAUGGCAAGGACAAUCCAAUCUGCGUGCUCUACGAUGGUUACGGACACUACGAUGCGCUGCAGCCAUCUCUUGUAAGAACACAAUCAAGGCUGAGAGGAAUACAGAUAACCGAAGAUUACGCUACCUAAGAUUGUUCUCAAGGACAGUAUCAAGAUCCUCUGCUACAUGAUUUCACAAACUGUAUAGUGGUAUUGUGACACAUAUGAAAUGCUAGCCUGGCUUUACUGUUCCAUAUUUCAUAUUUCAAGGCUGAUGAUAAAUAAACUUCAGAUGUGCAACUCUUCUUCCAACCAGAAAUUGAAUACAUACCUGACAUUAUGUAUAGAAAAAAAUAUGCAUACUUAGAAUCCUGGUUCUGCAAAAACAUUUGUAUUUUUAGAUCAUGGAAAUGACACAACAACUAAUAAGUUUGUUGGAAAAACGAAAAGGAGACAUACAAGGUGAUUUACAGCAAAAACAACAGUAAUGAGUCGGUAAUUCACAAAAAUGGUGCCAAAGAGGAGGAUACUUUUAAUAAGAGCAAUGAUAAUAAGAAGCAAUCCCAUUGGCGUUGAAAUGGAUGAUUUUACAUACAAGCCACUGCCUUACAUCAAUUAAAAUACAACAAUUAAUCUACUUUGUCACCGCCUACUCUUCAAGUCAUUGACGCUGUCCAUAACACAACCGAUAAAGGGGAGGGCGAGGCAUGGAGGCCACUUGACAUGUGAAGUGCUUUUACACCCUAAUCUUCUGAAGCAAAACUUUGGGU